UAGCCUUCCCACUUUGGUGCAUGUUAUUUUUUCUACUACUUUCUUGUCUCGUUCAAUCUUUCUUCCUUCGCCCUCUUUGUUUUCUUCCUCGUAUUUGUUUGUCAUCAUCCCUCUCUUUUCUCAUUCAUCACUUUCUUUCUUUCAUCUCAUUUCCCUUUUCAUAUUCAGGGACACUCUUCUCCCCCGUACCUGAAACUUCCACCGCCUCACCUUCUCAGUCUCAGUCUCAGUCUCAGAUUUUAAUUUUCUACUUCGUCUUAUUCACCUCACGCUGUGAUCGACCACAUCCCCCUCCUCACACAUUUAACUGUAGUAUCACCUCACUUAUCCUUCUCCAAAUCACCUCAGGACCACUUCUUCUUUUCUAGAGAGGAAUUGAGAGUAGAGGAAUAGGAACAAGUCUCCUGCAUCUAUUACCGGCUCUCAUUCAUUAUGUCCAGUAUCUACAAUCCAGACUCUGCCAUCAACGACAAGCAGCCUAUUGCUCUGGCCAUCAACUUGGGCACCAACGUUGCCCUGUCUCUCAUCACUCUUGGCGCCUUUUGCUGGCUCAGACCCAGGAAUGGAGUCAUCUAUGCCCGGAAAUACAAGUCCUCACCACAAGAUAAACGCGCACCAAGACUAGAAGAGGGCUACUUUUCAUGGAUGCGGCCUGUCUGGAGCUGCCCGGAUGAAGUACUAGUCGAGAAAAUUGGACUCGAUGCGGUGGUCUUUAUCCGCUUUGUACGCAUGUGUCGACAGAUCUUCCUCGCUAUGGCCGUCAUCGGAUGUGGUGCUCUGAUCCCCAUCAACAUUAUUUUCACAUUACGAGCACAACGCAACAUGCCUACAGACCAGGCCUCUACAGACAAGGUCUCUAUGUUGACCAUGGCCGGAAUGAGCGACCUCAGGUGGCUCUGGGCCCAUGUCGGAGGCGUUUGGGUCUUCAGCAUGAUCAUGUACAUUGCCAUGUUACAUAACUACAAGACCUUUCUCGGGUUCAGGAUCCGAUACUUUGAGAGCGAGGCAUAUCAGGAGGACGUGGCGUCCAGAACCAUCAUGCUCGCAGGAUUGCCUUCGACUCUUCAGAACGACGAUAAACUGCUCAAGUUCAUGAACGACAUGGGUCUCAGCGACAAGCCGGUGCAGGCGCUCGUAGGACGCAAGAUUGAAAAGCUGCCGGAGCUGAUGGACAAGCACAAAAAGAUGGUCAAGGCGCUCGAGAAGGUCGUUGCCAAGUAUUAUGCCGACCCCAACAGACUGCCCUCCAAGCGGCCGACGGUGAAGGUUGGCGGCUUCUGCGGAUCGAAAAAGGUGGACGCUAUCGACUAUUAUUCUCAGCAGAUCGAGGAACUCACGGACCAGAUCGAGAUGACUCGCCACCAGGUCUCAAAGUCUCGGCCUACCAACUAUGGAUUCGUGUCAUAUGCAACCAUCCACGCAGCCCAUCGCGUUGCCAAGGAGCUGUCCAGCGCGACGACUUUGCGCAAGCGCUCAAAGAUGAUCGACCCUCCUGAGCUGUUCCUCUCGCCAAUUCCCAAAGACAUCAUCUGGUUCAAUGUCGCCAACCCGAAGCAGCUGCGCAAGACACGCAGGAUCAUCGUCAACACCGCAUUCGUGGUAUUUUCGCUCCUUUUCUUCAUCCCGAUGAGUUUCUUGUCCACCAUCGCCAAGCUUGAGAGCAUCGUCGGACUGAUUCCAGCCUCCAAGUCCUACUUUGAGGAGCACACGUUCGUUGCCAGCUUGGUCCAAUCACUGUUGCCUGUCCUGUUCAUGGAUGUCCUGUUUCUAUUGAUCCGUAAGCUGAUUGUUUACCUGGCAUGGUUCCAGGGCAACAUCACCAAGUCCAGCACAGACAGAUCGACUCUCGCAAAGUUCUACCUGUUUUUCACCCUCAACAACCUUAUCGUUCUUGCUCUCGCUGGUACUAUCGUCGGCUUCUUUGCCCAGAUCAAGGCAACCCUCAGCAACUUCAGCCUCUCGGAUGGAACCUGGCAGGACAUCAAGAAAUUCAUUAGCGAGCAUAACAACAUUGUGGAGCUACUUUCCAAGAAUGUAAUUGACACCAGUUUGUUCUGGGUCAACUACAUCUCUCUCCGCAACUUUGGAGCCCUGCUAGACCUCUUCCAGCUCGUCUCUCUUGUCCUCUACUGGUUCAAAACCACUCUCACCCCGCGCGAGAGCAAGGCCAUGAAUAAGCCUGAUGUGUUCGACUUUCCUCUGUACUUUUCCGUCCAUAUGUUCCUUCUGACGGUUGCACUGCUCUACUCUGUGAUCGCGCCCCUGGUGCUCUUCUUUGCGGUGGUUUAUUUCUCACUCGCCUCACUCGUCUACAAGUACCAGCUCAUGUACGUCUUCCGCACCAGGAUCGAGACUGGAGGUCGUCUGUUCCGUGUGGUCUACAACCGCCUUCUCGCUGCGCUAGUCCUCUUUCAGAUCGUCAUGAUCGGUGUCCUCAACCUCAAGGGCGCCCACACACACUCACUGGUGGUCGUGCCCCUGCCAAUUGUAACCAUACUCUUCAAGCUGUUCUUGUCCAGAAACUAUGACCCCAAGAUCGACUAUUAUGACUAUGGCUCUGCUCGCAACGAGAGACAUCUGUUCAAGGGCGGCAAAAACGGCAACCUACUGGUCAUGAACUUUGAGAACCCAGUCCUCAGCUCCAAGGUCGUCUCUGUACUCGUUCCAGACGUAGCUACGAAGCUUCUGAGCAACAAGGUCUUGCAUGGCAGCCGCAGUACCGGCCGCUCGAAAGAGGGAGGCCGUCGCCCUGGUCAGGGCAAGCAGCCAAGCCGCGGCAAAUCGUCCCUCCAUUCGCAGCGUGAUAACCAUGGCCAUGACGGAAAGGAACAGGAGAUGGAGAGCUUUGAAAUGGAACAUGUCAGGAAGGGAUCCAAAUCUAACAAUCACUUCCAGGUGCUGGGAGCAGAUCCUUACGAUUCCAGUAGCCGUGCACAAUCUCCACAGCAGAAUCAACAAUACCACUCACAGCAUGUUCUGGGAACCGACGAUCUCGUCGAUGAUUAUUUCGAUGAUCAGAAGCAAAGUCUGACGAAGUCGGCUACGCAGCGCUAUGACGACACGUACAGCAUCAGUUCGCCCCCAUCUCAGCAGCAGCAACCAGCACAAGGUCCUAAGGUAUAUGGCGCCCAGGAUAUGACCUCUUUCGUUGCUGGCCGCUACAGAGCCGACCGAUCCGCAGAUCCUUACAGUUACAGCCGCAGUGGCAGCAACAGUAACACCGGAAGCAAUGCGGGAGGCGCAGGUUCAAAGCCUUCAUAUCUCGAGUUGGCAAAGAUGCAUCAAACGGAUAGCUACAAGAGCACUGGAAAGGCAACUCAAUAUGAGGACAAAAAGGCGCUGCACUUGCCGCCGGUGAAUUUCCCCAAGAUGCAGAGUAGAAGCAGGAGUGGAAACCAACAGCAACAUCAUCAGGAUCCGUUCCAAAAUGGCAGCGAUCAUCAUAGCCCUGAACACUCAACCCCGACAACGCCGACGACACCUCUUCCUCAGCAGGCGAUUCAACACCAGCCUUCACCACGCGUUGGAUACAAGGAUUCGUCUGCCCUGCAAUACACAUCUACGUCACCUACGCAGGUGUCGAAUGAUUAUGGUUCUGGGAAGUACGGAUUUGACGGACCAAAAUCGACGCAUGGCCACAAGGCGAUGGGCCGGACGCAGACUCAAGGGAGCAUGAAUUAUUCCGGUCAGAGCAACAAAUACUACAACAAUGACAAUCCGCAGCAGCACCAAAACCAGGAUACUUAUGUAUAGAUAUUGCACCUUCGACGAGAUCAUUAGAAUGGGAGCUGCUGGUGUUCAAUAAUAAUAAAUAGUAUG